GAACAGGAAAGCUCCCUCACUAUUUGGUGGUAUUUUGCUUGGCCCGCUAAAGGCAUUGCCUCACUAUGCCUUUUUCAUUUCUUACGGCCCAACCUUUACGGUUUGUAUGACUGCUGUGUUUGUUUACAACUCAAGCAGAGGCUUAAACAGAUGCCUGCAUGGAAACCGGGAGAGGGGGCGGAGGUAGAAGGGGGACACGUUACUUUGGGAGACAUGAAUCAUCCCAGAAAUAACACAGCGCGAGGUUGUGGCAGCAGAGAGCUGGGCUGGAGCGCCCGUGCGUUUGCUGUCUCGCUCGCUCCCUCUCUUCAAAAACAUGGCUGAAGCUGGGGCCGGCUUUCUGGAGCAGCUCAAGUCCUGCAUCGUCUGGUCGUGGACGUAUCUGUGGACCUUGUGGUUCUUCGUCAUGCUUUUCCUGGUCUAUAUCCUGAGGGUGCCUCUAAAGAUCAACGACAAUUUGACUACAGUGAGUAUGUUUUUGAACACAUUAACACCCAAGUUCUACGUUGCCCUAACAGGCACUUCUUCAUUAAUCUCAGGCCUUAUUUUGAUAUUUGAAUGGUGGUAUUUUCGCAAGUAUGGGACGUCAUUCAUUGAGCAAGUCUCUGUGAGUCACUUACGCCCUCUGCUGGGUGGGGUGGACAACAAUUCUCCCAACAAUUCAAAUACAAGUAAUGGGGAUUCUGAUUCAAAUCGGCAGAGUGUCUCAGAGUGCAAAGUCUGGCGAAAUCCACUAAACCUGUUCAGAGGAGCUGAAUAUAACCGGUAUACAUGGGUGACAGGAAGAGAACCGUUGACAUACUAUGAUAUGAAUCUUUCAGCGCAAGAUCAUCAAACAUUCUUUACAUGUGAUACAGACCAUUUAAGGCCUGCAGAUGCGAUAAUGCAAAAAGCAUGGAGAGAAAGAAAUCCCCAGGCCAGAAUUUCUGCAGCACACGAAGCCUUGGAGUUAAAUGAGUGUGCCACUGCCUAUAUUCUCUUGGCAGAAGAGGAAGCAACAACUAUCGUGGAAGCAGAAAAGUUAUUUAAACAGGCUUUGAAGGCUGGCGAAGGCUGUUAUAGGCGUAGCCAACAGUUACAGCAUCAUGGUGCCCAGUACGAAGCUCAACACAGACGGGACACUAAUGUAUUAGUCUACAUUAAAAGGAGGCUGGCUAUGUGUGCAAGAAAGCUGGGGAGGACCAGGGAAGCUGUGAAAAUGAUGAGAGAUUUAAUGAAGGAAUUCCCUCUUCUCAGCAUGUUCAAUAUCCAUGAAAAUUUGCUAGAAGCUCUGUUGGAGUUGCAAGCAUAUGCAGAUGUUCAGGCAGUGUUAGCAAAAUAUGAUGAUAUAAGUUUACCAAAAUCAGCAACAAUAUGCUACACAGCUGCCCUUCUCAAAGCCAGAGCCGUCUCUGACAAAUUUUCUCCAGAGGCAGCUUCAAGACGAGGGCUGAGUACAGCAGAGAUGAAUGCAGUAGAAGCUAUUCACAGAGCAGUAGAAUUUAAUCCACAUGUGCCAAAAUAUCUCCUAGAAAUGAAAAGCUUGAUAUUGCCCCCUGAACACAUUUUGAAGAGAGGAGACAGUGAAGCAAUAGCUUAUGCUUUCUUUCACCUUCAGCACUGGAAAAGGGUCGAGGGGGCACUGAAUCUCUUACAUUCUUUCAGAAUGAUCCCUUAUCCUUUGGAAAAAGGGCACCUUUUCUAUCCUUAUCCCAUCUGUACAGAAACAGCAGACAGAGAACUUCUUCCAUCAUUUCAUGAAGUCUCAGUUUACCCCAAGAAAGAGCUUCCUUUCUUUAUUCUCUUCACUGCUGGAUUAUGUUCCUUUACAGCUAUGCUGGCACUUUUGACACAUCAGUUCCCAGAGCUCAUGGGAGUCUUCGCAAAAGCAUUUCUUAGUACUCUCUUUGCCCCCUUGAACUUUGUGAUGGAAAAAGUGGAAAGCAUCUUGCCCUCCAGUCUCUGGCAUCAGCUGACAAGGAUCUGAAUGAAAAAAAGCCUGAAUGACUGCUAUUUUCUGUGCCAACUUUACUGUUGACUACCAGAAAGCAUGAUUUUUUUUAAAAAGGAAAGCAGUUUUAAGCUCUUCAUGGAUUGUCUGUUAUCAUAUAAGUUUUUUGUUGUACAAAAUACAUUGUUUUGAUUCUAUUUUGCUUU